UAGGAAACGGAAACGAAAGUAAAACACCUUAAAAGUGAUCAAAAAGUUGUCGCUUCUGCUCUAUUGUUUUUAUUUAGAUUCAGGCAGAAAGGUCACGUCUUAACAGAGUGAUGGAUUUCCAGAUGUUGCUGUUGCACAUAGGAAAUAACCUGCAGAAGGCAGAAGUACAAUCUUUAAAUUUUCUUUGCACUGACAUCCUGAGGCAGAGCCUCAGUUCAGUGGAGUCAGCCAGUGAUCUCUUUACUCGUUUGUUGGAUCAAGACCAUCUAUCUGCUAAGAACCCCCAACUACUAGCUGAUCUUCUCUUCACCAUCAAGCGCACCCGUUUGGUCCGUGAGUUUGGCCUUAAUGACUACUUGUCUACCACUCAAAGCAGCAUUUCUCCUUACAGGAAGCUGCUCUACAACCUUUCUGAGGAAAUUACUGAUGAUGACUUGAAACAUAUGAAGUUUUUGUUGAGCAGAAAACUUCCACGUACAAAACUUGAAAAAAAUAUGACAACACUGGAUGUCUUCCUGGCAAUGGAGCGCAUGGAUCUUCUCGGCAACACUAAGCUAAACCUGCUGGAAGAGUUGCUUAAGAAUAUCUGUCCCACUCUGAAUGACAAGAUAAAGGAGUUUGAAGAAAGUCAAGAAUGUAACACCAGCCCCAUCGCCCAAGAGAUGGGUCGACCAAGAUCUAUGUCAUAUCCUCUUCUGCCAAACCAGGCACAUUCUUCUUACUGUUCAGUAAACCUUGGUAUGUGUCAAACAUCAGGUACUGAGUUGUCAAAAUCUUAUGAACGUAUUCCACCGUCCUUUGAAAACCAGGAACUGUUACAGUUGUCUUCCGUGAAUUUGUCCAACACCUCUGUGGAUGAUUCCAGGGUGUCGGAUAAUACAGCUGAGUCAUUGUCACAUGAUCUUAGGGGUUUAAGCAGUGGAGGAAGCAACUGUGAAUCCUUCAAAGGUUCUAAAGUUUGGUCAAAUUGCUACAGAGAGAAUAGCUUGAUUGCAUUUCCAUCUAUGCUUCACAUCUUUAUGUUUCCCACAGAAAAAAGUGUCUUUUUGGAAACGCUGCAGUCUGCAGAAAACCAGACCUCCCUUAAAAAGGGCUUAGGAACAUACCCGAUGACAUCGGCAAAGAGAGGCAUCUGCUUAAUAAUAAACAACUAUGACUUCAGUGGCUCCAUAAGGAAUCACAGCAAUCGAGAGGGAACCAUGUAUGAUGAGAACAUCCUGAUGAGUGUUUUUAAGUGGCUCGGGUUUGAGAUGAAAAUAAAGAACGACUGUACGAGAAAACAGAUCCUGUCAACGCUGGAGGAGCUCAGCAAGAGGGACCAUAGUGAGGUGGACUGUCUGGCAUGCUGUGUUCUCAGCCAUGGCGCAGAGGGGAGUGUGUACGGCGUGGAUGGCGAGACUGUCAAGUUGAAGGAGCUGAUGGGACCGUUUGACGGAUUGCAGUGCCCAUCUUUAGUCGAAAAACCCAAGAUGUUUUUCAUCCAGGCUUGCCAGGGCACCAAGGAGCAGAAGCCAGUUGUUCUCCAGGCUGACGGUCCUUCACCUGUGCAGAUUUGCACCGAUGCUGAUGCACUGAAUGAAUCCAUUCCAUCAGAGGCAGACAUCCUCAUGGGGAUGGCCACUGUGCCUUCCUGCGUCUCCUACAGAGAGAGGAGUAAGGGCACCUGGUUUAUUCAGUCAUUGUGUCAACACUUGGUCCAGAUGGUCCCACAGGGAAUUGACCUAGUAUCCAUCCUGACACAAGUCAAUGCAGACGUCAGUCAAAAGAGCAGUCCCUGCGGUCAAAAAAAGCAGAUGCCGCAACCAGCCUUCUCGCUCAGGAAGAAAAUUGUCUUUCCAGUCCCCAGAGACCCCCCUCCCAUCUGUUAGGAUGACAACACAAACCUGUGUGUUUGACUUCUUUUGAUUCUUUUGGGGAUCACUGAAGUUGUACUUGUCGACCACCACACCUCAGAGGAAGCGUGUAAGAAAACUGUUGCCAUCAUUUUUACAGUAUUAAAUCUGUUGAGUGUGUCAAUCUAUCCAUAGAUGUUUAACAAUGUUUUUAAGGAGCAAGAUCAAAUCAUUGUACUUUUUAUUUGUGCAAGUAUUAUCAUUAUGUUUGUCCAGAUUAUGAUGAUGUGAAAUGCCCUGCAUUUUGAGGAGGGUCCAUCAAAAAAGUUCUUAAUGUUAGUAAGAAAAUGCCAGAGGACAAAGCCAAGACCCUCUUCAUCUGUUGUGUAGUUAAAUCCGACUAUGCAAUAUAUAAUGACACUAGAUGAGCAGUCUCCUUAACAAAGACAGUAAGGGCCCCUUCACACAUAACAUGAAGUUGGACGAAAGAAGCAGAAACUGGCUGAAAAUCCACAAACAAAAGACGAAAUGGGGAACCGCGAAACAUUCUACCUGCUGUUGGGAGGGACACGUGGUCGGACAAGCGUGCACGAUACUGUGGCGAUGGUUUCGUGCAUGCGCACAAACAGUGCGAGCACCUGGAACGUGUGACACUACAUCGCGCUGCUGCUGUGGGAGAAAAACCACACACCAAAAAAAAAAAACAACAAAAAAAACCCUUGCAAUUUCUAAUAUUUAAUCCAUCUUGUUGAGCUGACAAUCCAAGUAUGAUCCUUCUGUUCCUGUGUGUAUGACCCAUGGUCAGAGACGUCAAGUCAUGAAAUGACAUGAAUGAAGGAAGCAGUGCACUCUUAUCAUGUCCACACCUGCUGGUGCCGCUCCACCAGCUGGCCCAGUGUGUCCAGCAAACGGCGCACCGAAGGACAUACACCACGUCAUAUAGACCAUAGCUGACAUGGGUGAUGUGACAUUCAGUUUACCAGCUGAGUGUACACAUGAUCACAUGGUACAGUCUGCCAAUGUACGCACUGACACGGUCGCUCGAGCCCGUUGCAAAGGCGACGUGUUUUUAUGUAUUUCCAUGUAAGGACAGCAUGCCCAAGCAUGUGCCUCACCGUGGAGUGUUGUAAAGUGAUGUCUGUCAUAACACUGUACGUGUUCUCCAGCUGUGACUUUAGGGUCUACAGAUCCCAACAGCAGCGGCUGGUGUUGACACGCCUACCUUACCAAACGAACUCAGCUCAAAGAAAAAGUGUCACACUCUGUUCCUUUAUGUGACUAUUUAUGUUAUGUAUCUGUUAUGUAAUUAUGUAUGUAGUUAUUGUUGGAUGUAUUUAUUUAAUUGUCCCAUUCUCUGUGUUUUUAAUUUAACACGUCGUGCACUGAGCCGCUCUCAGCGGGAACCAUCGAUUUAUAUUUACUCACUAGAUGGUGGACCGGGCGAUCCGUUCAUUGGCUGGCUGUUGCCAAAGCACCGCCAUCUUGGUUAGUGUUUAACAACCAGGCAUAAAUAGAAAUCGAUGUGUAUGAUCAAUGUUUUCAAGAGAGGUUCAACAUAAAUCUGCAUUUUCCGUUGCUAUUACUGUUAUAUUUAUUCAAACUUAGUCCCACAUUUGUACAGCCACUAUUUGUCAAAACAAAUGCAGAAGAGGAUCAGACUAUUUAUAUAAUAGACUUGAAUGAAUUUGUUCGUCCCAGUCCAGAUGUUGUGAAGAGUUCACCUGGAGUUAUGAAUUUUGUUUACACUAUCCCAACUACUGAAGUCAUUAUCUUUAUCAAGAUAGAAAAUAAUACCAUCAGUUUGUCAAACAGAAACAUAUUUAAACACAUUAUGUCUGCCGCGACACAAGAUAUGAGUCUGAUCCUUAAUUAAUUUCAUCAUGAAAUUAAGUUAAAGAUGAUAAAUAAUCGUGAGUGAAAGUAAGAGCUUAGUGCGUUCGCAUCAUAUUAAAGAUAUUAGCAUUAAAGACUGCUCUUAACCUACCUGUGGUGCCGCUUUUACGCAGCACUCAAAUAAAAUAAAUAAAACGAAACAGCCACGCCGGCCAGUUUUGUUGGUACUGACGUUUUCCCCUUAAGUGUGUGUAUUAACUCCUAUUGUGUGCGCUCCACUCCAGUGGGAUCUGAAAGCACUACACUGGAAUAUGGAGUAUGUCAUAGAGAAAUUGAUCUCUUAUAUUAUUACCAGAAUAGCGACUGUCAUGUCACCCAUCAAAUUGAGAGAGAAAAAACAUUUCCAUUCUGUGUAUUUGCUCUUACGGAAUAUUUCAGGAUGGAAAACCUGAUGUGAAGAAAAAAACAGAGGCUAAUUAAAAAGGGAUAAUUUAGACUUAUGAAAGUGAGACUUCUAAUUGAAUCGCUAAACGAAUGGUGCAAUAUCUCUCAUGACAAAGCAUUCAGGCAGUAAAACUGAACUCACUACUUGACAGAAUACAGAUUGACACAAAAAAAAAUCAUUUUCUAACCUUUAGUCAGCAAUUUUAGUAAUUUCCAAACAUCAAUAUUGCAUAUAAUACACACUUAUGACUUACUCCACAAUCCUUUGUCAGCUUGUUACAGCACCCGAAUGGUGCACAAAACAGCAUUUUCAGAUCACUUUAAGCCAAGUUUAAGUCAGCGCAUUACCAAUUUCUAUUUAAUCUAAUGCCUGAUGAUGCAUAAUAACGCUAAGCAAGAUGGCGGCUACCUGGCAACAGCUCAUGCGCUGCAUCCGCCAUCUAGUUCGAUCGAUUAAACAAAUCGAUGGCUGGAACUGACGAGAGCAUGAGAGCCCACUCACACAUCUGCAUUGCUGGAGUGUUGUUCAUGUUGUUGAUGGCAAGACAUAUGUCCUCCAGCUGAAUUGCGAGUACAGAGUACACAGCAGUCAGCUGUCACCAGCUGGACAUGACAGCCAUCCAGAUGUGCGGGGCACUGGACAGCGAUCACACUGCAGCCACCUCAGCCGCACCUGACAAUGUUUGAUCGUAGGGGCAAGGAUGACACACUCCUCACGACAUCUGUGUUGCGGGUGGAGGGGGCAUGUCACACACACCACGUGUUGUGGAGGGGGGCCUCGCAUGACGUGUUGCUGGGUAACGUAAUGUGCUGCUUUCCGCACAGCCGGGUCGAAAGUAGUCGCCUGCUCUCUCGUGCUGUGCUGGCAGCGCGAAUGGCCCCCAACUUUUCUAAGUGCCCCGCAAGUGGUAUUGUAUGUUUGUGGGUGGCACCUGGACUCCGGCCGAGAGUGGGUCGAAUGGCCACUCGCACGGCAUUUGACUUUCGGGCGCUGGUGUGAGGCUGCCUCGAUCGCGUCAUUCGGCCACAGUUCGACAUGGACAAUGAUUUUGUGGAGCUGCUCAGCUGCUGCACGAUAUGUCCAACCUGCGUACGACAUGCCGUUCAAAUGUUCUGAACACGAUCAGAUGGCAGUGCGAUCUUAUCUUGCCCGCCGUUCAAAUGGGUUAACGGCGCAAGCGGCACGCAAAUAUAGACUGCAUGUGCCAUGCCCGAAUGAAUGUGGUGGCAACUGCAGUGUGAUGCAUUUGAGUGCAGCUCCGAUUUCUCACAAGUGCCAUUUGACUCCUUCGUGCGCCAUUCUGCCUCAAUCAUGUUAUGUGUGAAUGGGCCCUAAGGGAAGGUUUAGGGAACUGCAUUCCACUUGGCAUAGGACGGUGAUUUGAGACAUGAAUCUAACCAGGUAAGCAGAGUGCGUCGUCACGGACAGUAACAGAUGGAAAACAUGUCCAAGUCGGGACUGAGAUGACUAACGAACUAUAACAGAGGAAUAGUUGUAUUCAGAAGUUAUUGUUAUACUCCUGGUUGAGAAUAUGAACUUUCUGAAGGAUCCUCUUCACCAUCUGCUUAUGACAGUUAGUCACGGCAUGUACGAUUUCAGCUGUGUUCACAUUACUGCGGUCUUGCACUCAGCGCACUUCAUUAGCUGUAAAUAUUUCGAACUUCAAGCUAUUGUGUUCUACACAGUAUGCAAAUUGGUUCAAACUCAGAAUCUUUGCACUCGGGACCUGACCGCCAUUUCUGGAAUGUGGUUCCAGUGUUGGAAGGAGGCUUUAAUCAUAAUGUCUCAAAUGCCGUCCCAGGGACCCACUUUGAAAUCUGAAAAUCAUCUGGAGGCCCACCCAGAUCUUUAAUUACAAUUUUGAUUGGCACAUAUGAAGUAUUUCCAUGUAUACAAUACCAGUCAAUUCUUUGGACACAGUUUGACUGGUAUUGUAGGUGUGUAAAAUGUUGAAGUAGGUCAGAUUAAUGAACAAUAAUAUAUUUUAAAUCUUAAGGCUUGGUUUUAUUACUACUGAAGACAUUUUAAAAUUUGUUUUUUUCAAAUUUAUACAAAAUUUUAAAUCAGCCUUAAAAAAAUAAUUAAAUCACUGGAUUAAAGUUUAGCUUUACUGAAAUGCAUGCUUCUGCUUCCGGACCACAUCUUUGCACACUUAUUGGAACUGUUGCACUGUAGCACAAUUCCGAUAAGGUCUAGUUCUAUCAUGUUUACAUUUCAUAUACUGUGCUACUAGUUAUAUCAAACUGGACAGCAUCAUUUGUAAGCUGGCAUUUCUCUAUGCAGCACUGUUCCCCCUCCUUUUUUAAAAUUGAGUAUCUAAUUUGUUGUUUCACAGUUCUGGGAAAACAUGCUUUUCUUAGAUAAUGUGAACACAUUGAGAUUUGGGUGAUGGUAGUUAUUUUUAUUUCUAUCUAUUUUCUAUUUUUUGUUGCUUUUUUUUGUUUGUUUUUUUUUGUUUUUUGGUGGGAAAAAGGUACUAUAGGAACUUUUGUUAUACUACGCUGGAGCUUAUCUAAGAUGUAUCAGUUGAGGUUAUGAGCUUUUUUGUGUUCAGUGAAAUUAAUGUGUGCUUAAGAAAUGCAAAGGUUGAAAAGGAAUAUUUAGUGUCUUAUCAGAUCACUGUCACGAGACACCGAUACCACAUGCAGGGAUCAUACAGUGCUGCCAAAAUGUUUUUGUACUCUCGAGCUUUUUAAAUUUUUUAUAAUGGCAUAAAAAAAUCUGACAUAUUAAUUUUUUUUGUAAAGGAUGCCCUUUAAAUUCACAGUGAAAACAUCUUUACAACAUAACAUAAAUGUAGUAAAAUAUACAACCCAAAACAAUGGCAUGCACAAGUAUGGAUACCGUCAUCAUUUCUACUGCCAGUGUUCUUUAGAAAAGUCAUGAACGUUUCCAAAUCACUGCAUAUAUGUCUUAGACUUCAUUUACAUCCAUCUUUAACAAAUACAAACAGUACGGUAGUCUGUCUGUCUGGAGGAGGCAUUUCUCAAAAACUGAAUGGCUGUGUAAUAAGGAGACCAGUGAUAGAAGCCACCAAGACACCCUUGACGACUCUGAAGGAGUUACAGGCGUCUGUGGCUGUGGUUGGAGAAACACUGCAUCGUGCAACUUUUGUCUGUUGCGCCACCACUCGUAGUUUCUUAGUGAAGGGGAGCAGAGGAGGAUUUUUAUAGAAGAAAACACAUCAAAUAUCGGCUUGAGCCGCCCAUGUUUUCUGUUAAAUUGCUGCUGAAAUGAAAUGUCUUCUUUAAAAGAUCAUCUUUCUCUGUUCCACCAAGGAAGCAUAAAGGAGUCUCCAUUCAGUUUGCAUGUUUUUUCUCUCAGGUAGAACUGAUGAACUUUAUUUGCACAUUGUUGUUCUGCACUAUCCAGUUGUAUAGCUGAGAACAAACACAGAACAGCUUCUGCCAUCCAUCCGUUUUUAAAGAAUGUAGCUCUGUCCUGCAUGUAAAAUGUGUUCAGUUAAAAACCAAAAAAUACCUCAGUGUGGUUACAGAAGCGUGAAUCCAAGUUGGACUAUCAGCGUGAACUGAGUCAGUCCAUAAAGACUGCGCAUUUUUUUCAGAUCCACUAAAACCAUCAUGAGAAUGUACGUAAGUGCUUACCACGCUUAAAGAUCUUUAGCUGCAAAUAAUUUAGAAUGUCUUUAUCCGGAGUGAGGGAAAAACUAGGAAAUGAUUGAAGCUAAAAAAAAAAAUAUUCAUUUUGACUGCAUCACCAAGAAGAUGUGGAGACAAACUGCCAAUCCAAAAUGACAAAAGUGUUACUUAACAUUUACUCUCAGUAAUUUAUUUUGAACAGACGGCAGAA